AUGCAGAAGACACAAGAGGAGCGGUGGAGCUUCAGUUGGGAGCGGGAGGUUGAGUUUGCGGACCUGGACACAAACGCCCACGUCAACAGCGUCAUCCUUCUCCGAUGGAUGCAGGAGGCGCGAACGUCGUACAUGCGGCGAAAGCUUCUGCCUGAGCUGGCCGCCCGCGGUGAGAAGCUGGCGCCCACGGUGGUGGCCGAGAGCACCGUGGAGUACCUGGCGCCCAUCUUCCACUCCGAGCGCGUCGUGGUGCACUUGGGCAUCGCCGCCGUGGGCAAUUCCUACUUCACCCUCCGCUACGAGAUCGUCAAGAGGCCGCCGGCCGACGUCGCUGCUGCGGGCAAAGGCGAGGCCACGCCGUGCGGCCGGGGGACCGCGCGGCUGGUCUGCAUCGACCCACAGACGCAGAAGAAGGCCAACCUCACACCCGCACUGCGACGACUGCUCGAGGCCGGCGCUGAGCAGUGCGCCGCCGGGUCGACGCCGCCAGCCACCAGCGCCUCCGCGACCGCCGCUGCCGCUGCCGAGCCGGCCACCGCCAAGCCAGCGACGCCGAGCGACGAGUUUGAGGAGUGGCCGCUCUGCUGGGUGCACGAGGUCGAGUACCGGGACCUGGACGUGAACGUGCAUGCCAACAACUGCGCCGUCUACUAUUGGAUGCAAGAGGCGAGGGUGAGGUGGCUCGAUGAAGUGCGCAGCGAGUUGUCCAAGAUCGCGCCCGAGGAGGAGUUCGACGCGGUCAUGGCGGCCGGCACCAUUCAAUACAUGAUCCCCAUGCUGAUGGGAGAAGAAGCGCGAGUGUACAUUCGCCUCAAGCAGCUCGGCAACUCAUCGAUGUCCAUCGAGCACAAGAUCGUGCGCACGGCCAAGGACGGCAAGAGCGCCGCCGUGUGCUACCGCGGCACGGGCACGCUGGUGUCCUUUGACCACGAGAAACAGACCAAGGCCCUCAUCACGCCCGCCCUGCGCCAGGCCAUCGAGCGCGUGGAACGGCGCACCCAAGUUUUCCCAAAGCGCCCCAACGCCGUGUGCAAGCUGUAA